AUGGACCCGCUCUUAAUCAAUAAUUUCCCUGAAGAUUUGAAAGGUUCUGAAAACGUAAUGAGUUCAACGAUCUUUAUGUUGAUGAAAUUUGGAAACGUUGAUGAGGCUGAGCAACUCUUUCACCAAACGAAAUACAAAUCAAUUUAUACUUAUGGUGCCUUGAUGAAAGGUUAUAACGAUAAUAAAAUGUUUGAGAAAACAUUGGAUCUGUUUGAGACAUUACCAUUCGUCGCAGACGAAGCGAUCUACGUGAUGGCUUUAAGCUCUUGCUCUCACCUUACAAAUGAUCGUGCGAGAAGAAUUGGAAAGCAGUUAAUCGAUAAUUUACCUGAAGAUUUCAAACGUUCUGAAAACGUAAUGAAUUCAACGAUCUUUAUGUUGAUGAAAUUUGGAAACGUCGAUGAAGCUGAGAAACUCUUGCAUCAGAUGAAACACAAAUCUAUCUACACUUAUGGUGCCAUGAUGAAAGGUUAUCACGAUAAUGAAAUGUUUGAAAAAGUGUUGGAUUUCACAUGCACACGUCUAUCCAAUGAUCGGGCAUUACAAACAGGAAAAGAACUUUUGCGCAAGAUGAACAAGUCCUAUUAUAACGAUGAUAUCGUCAUCACAUCAGCCAUUCACAUGUUGAUGAAAUUCGAUCUGGUCAAUGAUGCUGAACGUUUGUUUCGUCAAGUCAAAGCAAGAAAUGCACUGGCUUAUCAUGCAAUGAUCAAUGGAUACAGUCAACUGGACGAUUUGGACAAGUGUUUUCAGCUGUUUGAUCAAAUGAAAAGUGAUCGAAUUGUUCCAAACGAAGUUGUAUUUCUUUCAAUGAUCGGUGUUUGUGCAAAAAUCGCCAUACGCUCAUUAUCUCAGUCAAUUGUUGAUCAGUUAGCUAGUGAUACGAAAAGUAGUCGAAAUAUUCAAACGGCAUUGAUUUCCAUGUGGGUGAUCAAUUACGUGAAAAAAUUUGCUUCCAAACCAAAUAACGUUGCUGGUUAUGGCUUAGAUCUAGCUGAUUUACAAUCAAUAAAAGAUUGUGUAGGUACAUUCCUAGCCAACGAAGAUCAGAGAAUGAAAAUUACUGCAUUAAUCAAUAAUGCCGGAAUUAUGGCAUGUCCUUAUGGGAAAACUAAGGACGGAUUUGAAUUACAAAUGGGUACAAAUCAUUUCGGUCAUUUCUAUUUCACCCAAAUACUUAUUCCUCGUCUUCACUCAGCACGUAUUGUUAAUGUUGCAUCAGCAGCGCAUUUCUUCUGGCGUGUUCCAUGUGACGCUACUCAUUACAAUCAAAUGUGCAAUCCGAAUACAUAUCAUUCGUUUUCGGCGUAUUUAUUAAGUAAAACAGCGAAUAUUUUAUUCACGCGCGAACUCCAACGACGUUAUUGUUCUACUGAUAGUAUCCGUGCCUAUUCCUUACAUCCUGGUACCGUCAAUACUGAAUUAGAUCGACAUAUGGGGAUGAAUGAUAUAGCGAAACAAUUAUUAAGGCCAAUCAGAUAUCUAAUCUUCAAAUCACCGUUAGAAGGCAUACAAACAAUUCUCUAUUGUGCUUUGUCAAACGAUGCUCAGCCGGGCGAAUAUCACUCAGACUGCCGCGUGACACCACCUUAUCAUAAGUACGCCAGAGAUGAUAAAUUAGCACAAGAGUGGUGGGAUUUCUCAAAGAAGAGCAUCGAUGAAAAACUUAAAGACAUCGAACAAAGAUAA